AUUUUUUUACUUUAACUAAUUUGAGCCACGUAGUACAAUGGACCCUGCCUGAUAUCACUGUUCUUCAUCUGAAUUUAGUAUCAAAGGGUGUGUAUGUACUAGUUGAAAUUCACAAAACUGUUCAAUGCAUUAUUCAGCUACAAACAUGGCUCAAAAUGUUCUACCAUGGAUCCUCUUGCUCCAUUUCCUACUUAUCAUGUGUUCAUCUUAUGGAAUCAUUGGAAGGGAAUUGGGUAUGAAUCAUCAUGGAACAAUAACAUCUAAUGAUGAUCACAAACAUGAUCAUCAUCAUCAUCAUCAUGACAUAGACCCUUCUCUAAUGGUGUUCUUGACAAUGAAGGAUUUGAAGGUAGGUCAAAGAAUGCCAAUUUAUUUUCCCAAGAGAGACCCUUCAACUUCACCGAAGCUAUGGCCAAAGCAAGAAGCUGAUUCAGUUCCUUUCUCGUUGGAAAAACUCCCACAACUCCUCCAACUCUUUGGCUUCGCCCGCGAUUCUGCGCAGGCGAAAGCCAUGGAAGAUACCCUGAGGGAAUGUGAGAGCAAGCCCAUCAAAGGAGAGGUCAAGUUCUGUGCAACUUCCUUAGAUUCCAUGCUUGAUUUCGCUCAAAGCAUUCUGGGAAAAGAUUCCGGGUUUCGAGUCCUUUCGACUUCUCACAAGACUAAGUCUAGUGUGAGUUUCCAGAAUUAUACAAUGUUAGAAGACAUUAAAGAGAUGGAAGCUCCGAAGAUGGUGGCUUGUCACACCAUGCCUUACCCUUAUGGUGUUUUCUAUUGCCAUAGCCAGACAACUCUGAACAAGGUUUAUAGUGUGCCACUUGAAGGUGAGAAUGGUGAUAAGGUGGAAGCUAUCGUUGUUUGUCAUUUGGAUACUUCACAAUGGGGGUCUUCUCAUCCUUCAUUUCAAGUUCUUGCUGUUAAGCCUGGAACCACUUCAGUGUGCCACUUUUUCCCUGCCGAUAAUCUUAUCUUUGUUCCAAAAGUACUUCAAUCCCAUGCUGGAUUUUCUGCCAUGUGAUGUUAGCAAUUAAUGUAUGCAUAUGUUCCACUUACAUAAAACUAUUAUCAAUAAUGUAUGGAUGUUGUGUGGUAAACUGUGUGCCUUCAAGGUUAAAAAAAAAAAAAAAACUUUUUUAUUAUCUUCAUAAGCAUAACGUUGAAUCUUAAUGGUCUUUGGUCUAUCUAGUUUAUCAUUUU